AUCUAUCGAGAAAUUUUAAAUUCAAGGGGUCAAUAUUUAGUUUAAUUGUUAAAUUUUUGCCUCUUGUCACUAAAUUGAAUACGGUUAGCUGUUGUAAAUCAAAGAUAUGUCUGGAAAACGCUUAGUACUUAAUAAAACAAUUAAAUCCCUUACUGCGUUGAGAGAAGGCGAUGCGGCUCCUAAAAAAAGUCCUGGAACCUUACGAUUGUAUAGUAUGAGGUUUUGUCCAUUUGCCCAGAGAACAAGAUUGGUCUUAAUUCAUAAGCAAAUUCCGCACGAAGUAGUUAAUAUUAACUUGAAAAGACGGCCAAAAUGGUUUUGGCAGGAGAAGAAUCCGUUCAGUCUUGUUCCAGUUAUUGAAAAGGAUAAGAUGAUUAUCUACGAAUCAGUUGCAUGCAAUGACUAUUUGGAUGAAAUUUAUCCUCAUGAUAAAUUGAACCCUAUGGAUUUACUUGAAAGAACGAAACAGAAGAUGUUAAUGGAGUCCUUUUCGAAGGUGGUUUCCUUAUUUUAUCAAGUUAUAAAUAUGAAAGAUGACAAACAACAAGUGGCUAAAUUACUUAAGAGAGCCUUAUCACCAUACGAGGCUGCAUUAAGUGGGAAAUACUUUGGAGGUUCAAACGUGUCUAUGCUGGAUUUGCACAUUUGGCCUUGGUUUGAACGACUCCCUAUAGUUUCUAGAGUUCUUGAAGAGGACGUGUUUGAAGGAUUCCCAAAGAUAAAAAAAUGGAAAACAAUUAUGGAAGAUUUACCAUGCGUCCAACAAACAGCAUUUUCUCUAGAGGACCACGCAGAAUUCUUUUCGAGCUUUUUAACAGGAGAACCAAACUAUGAUCACGCUCUAGAAACUGAAUACAUUGCUAAACUAUAA